ACAGGUAAAAUUCGCAAAAGAAGCAAUAGAGAGAUCUGGAGACGAAAAACCAUCAAAUUUGCAUCAGAAACACGUAAUCGAACAAGGCAAAAGGAGUAAUGGAUGAAACCAUUGAAGAACAUGGAAGAUCUCUAGCUGCUCCAAUAAUCUUCACCAUCGUUGUCGCAUUCCAAUUCAUUUUCAGAUUUAUAGAACAGAAGAAAAAGAAAGGGUCAAAGUCUGGUGUGGAGGCCCAAUUGCACGCAGAAAUUAAGCAAUUGUAUAAGGAGGCGAGCUCCAUGUCACAGCCUUCAACAUUUGCACAAGCAGCUAAACUUAAGAGGAUGGCACUAGCUAAGGAGAAGGACCUUGCAAAAAUUCAAGAAUUGCACAAGAAGGAGAUGAAAUUGUCAUAUGAUGCCUAUUUGAAGGGUCUCACAAUAUUAAAGAUUUUUACAUAUUUUUCGCUGAUUUGCUGGUUUUGGCGGAUCCCCGUGGCUGCUAUAUCUAAGCAACUCGUGGAGCCCUUUGGGAAGGUGUUGUCUUGGAGAGCGGGGAGUCCUUUGAACGACAAUGUCAUGAGAACAGAAGUGCACAUGUCCAGUCCUGAAGAUUAUUUUUUUCUUUCCAGUCAUCUGAAGCAAAUAAAAUAAUGCGCAAAUCAAGUCGGGAUUAUACCAUGGUUGAUAUUAUCUACCAGAGUCAGCAAAAUUAUUUGUCGAAAAGUCUUCAACUAGAAGGAUUUGCUACUCUGAAGAAGAUAAAGGACUCGGGAGAAAUUGUUGUCCUCCCUUCCCUGUAUUUAUCUAAAUUCAUUGAUUUUGUUAAUACAUUGAACGGUCAAAAUUGUUAACGCCUUCAGAAAUUUUCAUUUUUUUAAGUUUGGGAAUACAGGCCUGAACAUUAUUUAUUUGUUCGGGAAGAUGUUCUUGAACAAAUAAGUAAUGUUCGGGAAUACAGGUCUGAACAUGGAAAUUUCUUAAUCCACUGAAUGGUCAAAAUUGUUGACGCUUACAGAAGUUUUUAUUUUUUCAAGUUCAGAAAUGCAUGCUCGAAUAUUACUUA